AUGGCUUCGCAGGCAGACAGGCGCAAUCCCAAACCUCCGAAAAAGGCCAAGCAUGUUUCCAGGACCCUCAAGAGAAAACGAGAUGUCGACGAGCACCAGACGUUGGGGAAAGCAAUUGAAGAACUGGAUCCCAAAGCUGAAGUAAAGGAAUUUUCCAACUUGCCUCUAUCCAAACCCACGUCCUCUGGUCUCGAAGUUUCUCAUUUCAAAACUCUCACCGACAUCCAAUCGAAAGCCGUGCCACUUGCGCUGAAAGGCAAAGAUAUCCUUGGCGCGGCGAAAACAGGCAGUGGAAAGACGUUGGCAUUUCUGAUACCGGUUCUGGAGAACUUGUAUAGGCAAAAAUGGACGGAGAUGGAUGGGUUAGGUGCCUUGAUCAUUUCGCCAACUCGAGAACUUGCGACACAGAUCUUCCAAGUGCUGCGAAAGAUCGGUCGCAAUCAUUCUUUCUCCGCCGGGUUGAUCAUUGGAGGACGAAGUCUGCAGGAGGAGCGGGAGCGCUUGGGACGGAUGAACAUACUCGUGUGUACCCCCGGAAGAAUAUUGCAACACAUGGACCAAACGGCGGAUUUUGAUGUGAGCCAUCUGCAAAUGCUAGUCCUGGACGAAGCCGACCGGAUAAUGGAUAUGGGCUUCCAGAGAGACGUGGAUGCUAUUGUCGAACAUUUACCGAAAGAGAGGCAGACUAUGCUUUUCAGUGCGACUCAGACGAAGAAGGUCUCUGAUCUAGCAAGAUUAAGCUUGAGGGACCCGGAAUAUGUGGCAGUUCAUGAAGCAGCCACAAGUGCGACUCCGACGACAUUACAGCAAUACGUUGUCGUUACACCUUUGGCUGAGAAGCUCAAUACGUUGUUCAGUUUCAUUAGAAAUAAUCUCAAGGCCAAGAUCAUCGUGUUCAUGUCGUCUGGGAAGCAGGUUCGAUUUAUCUAUGAAAGCUUCCGACACAUGCAACCUGGUAUCCCGCUUCUACAUCUUCACGGCCGCCAAAAGCAAUCAGCUAGACUCGAUAUCACAUCAAAAUUCUCGUCAUCCAAGAACUCGUGCAUCUUCGCAACGGAUGUAGUUGCCAGAGGUCUUGAUUUCCCUGCUGUCGAUUGGGUAAUUCAAUUGGAUUGUCCCGAAGAUGCUGAUACUUACAUUCAUCGGGUGGGCAGAACGGCUCGUUAUGAGAGAGCUGGUAAGGCGGUGUUGUUCCUCGACCCGAGUGAAGAAGAAGGAAUGCUCAAGCGACUCGAACACAAAAAAGUACCGAUUCAAAAAACCAAACCUCGGCAAAAGCUGCAACAGAGCAUCAAGAAUCAGCUACAAGACAUGUGCUUCAAAUAUCCGGAAAUCAAGUACCUCGGACAAAAAGCGUUCACGAGUUAUGCGAAGUCAAUAUAUCUGCAAAAGGACAAGGAGACCUUCAAGAUAAAUGAGUACGACCUGGAAGGCUUUGCGGACAGCAUGGGUCUUCCUGGGGCUCCAAAGAUCAAAUUUCAGAAAGGCAACGAUACGAAGGAUCUCAAGAACGCGCCCAGAAGAGCACUUUCGAGCGAUGAUGAUAGCGAAGAGGAGGGAGCAAAGGCUCCCAAAAAGGGAGAGGUGCGGACCAAGUAUGACCGAAUGUUUGAGCGUCGCAACCAAGAUGUUCUUUCUGGCCAUUACUCGAAGAUGAUCGCGGAUGACGGUCUAAACGACGAAGAUGGGCUUCAAGAUGCAGAUGAGGAUCACGAUUUCUUGUCCGUCAAGAGAGUGGUUCCGGUCGAUGAUGAGAGCUCGCAUGGAGGGGAUGUCGCAGUCUCAGGGCCCGCGGCAAGAGUUAUUGAAGGCAUUGGCAAGCAGCCGAUUGUGAUCGAUUCCAAACGAAGAGAGAAGAUGUUGAAGUCCAAGAAGCAACUACUGAAGCUCAAGGAGAAGGGUACGAGGAUGGUGUUUGACGACGAUGGUAAUGCCCAUCAGCUGUACGAACUUCAAGACGAGGACGACUUCCGAAAACGUGGAACAGCUCAGGAGCAGAGAAUGAAAUUUUUGGAGGAAGAAUCUGCAAGAGUCCGUGAGGCUGAUCUUGACGACAAGCAGCUCGCGAAGCAAAAGAAGAGAGAGAAGCGGGAGAAGAGAAAGGCAAGGGAGGCUGCGGAGCAAGCCGGAUCAGACGAUGAGGCUCCUGAGCUCGUCAACGAAGACGAUGACCACGAUCCGAUGGCCCUCUUGGCUUCAUUGCCAAUUGCUGGCGAGGACAACGAACGUCCUGCGAAGAGGCCCAAGAAGUGGUUCGAGGACGACUCUGGGGACGAGAAGAAGGUUGCUAAGCGACAGGGUCGCGUUAUUGAAGCCGAUGAUGAGCCAGAAACACUGGAAGAUUUGGAGGCUCUUGCAGCGGGUCUUCUCAAAAUUGGCCACCAAGUCCGAGACCGAGACCGAGCCGGCUUCAACCUUAUGCUGACAAGCCCCUCCACCUCACAACGCCAAAAUGAGUCCCUUCUCUUACUUUGCACGCAGCAAGACACAUGGAUUGCAGUGAUCGAGAUGCCACUGCGUGCACCAGAGGAUUCCGGUGACAUUACGCCCACCGUCAACGGGCACAAUGAGAGCAUCCUACCGAUCUGCGCCAGGCUUGCAGCCCGUGUGAAUGCCUUCCUGGAGACCGAGGCGCCAACUCCUCUGUUAAAAGCGGUACAGGAGCAAACCAGAGUCGCUCUAGGAGUUAUAAGUACGGCCUUGGAACGAUACAGUUUAGAAGAAAUCUCCCUCUCUUACAAUGGGGGCAAAGACUGCCUUGUCCUGCUGAUCCUCCUCCUCUGCGCCCUUGCAACUUACAAAAAGAGCCCCCUCCCGAAAGCGCUCGCGACCGUGUACAUUAUCUCUCCACAUCCCUUCGUGGAAGUCGACACCUUCGUAGACGAGUCUGUCGCCGAAUAUAACCUGGGUCUGGCCCGGUAUGCUAUGCCGAUGAAGCAGGCCUUUGAAAAAUACUUAGAGGAGAAUAAGAGGGUGAAGGCUAUACUGGUGGGAACUAGACGGACAGAUCCACAUGGACAGUGCUUGACGCAUUUCGAUGAGACAGAUUCUGGAUGGCCGAGCUUUAUGAGGGUUCAUCCUGUGAUAGAUUGGCAUUACACGGAGAUCUGGGCUUUCAUUCGACAUAUGCAGAUUCCUUACUGUCCAUUAUAUGACCAAGGAUACACCUCUUUAGGAGGAACCACUGAUACCCACCCCAACCCAGCAUUGAAGGCAGAAGAAGGCCAACCAAGCGAGGGCAAAGUAGCCGUGUUCAAACCCGCAUACGAGUUGAUGGAGGAUAAUGCUGAACGGUUAGGGAGGGAUUGGAAGUGA